GCUUGGCUUGUCCCCGCGUGGCUCCCCCAGACUCCAAUCAGCGUGACAGCUGUUUCUCCAGCUGGUCGGGCGUGCCCUGCUUGCUUACCCCGACUUCGUGGCACUGCUGAUCGACAUGGCUGUUACCCGAAUUCUCUGUCCGUCCUCUGCUGUGCGUUCUCCGACCCUACGGGACCCUCUUGCCGUUAGAUCGAGUCAGUCAAGAGGCAGGCACGUUUAUGCGGUAUUAGGUGACAAUGCCUGUUCGACCAGAGCCGUCGGGAUGACGUCCCGACUCUCUGUUGCAGAUGAAAGCUUGGGACCCUUCUGUCUCUCACUGUGUGACCUCCAGGCUAUGUUCUGAACUACAACCGUAGCUCAGGCACGCGUUCAGUACAGUAACAGGUCUCAAGGUGCGAACCACAGACACCCGAGACAUUCUUCCCCACGUCCACAAUGCGCUGGCGGCCGGACUGGACACAGCUCCUCCUUAGCAGCCUCGUGGUCUGGCCCCAUGGGGCCGCCACGUCCGCGUGUGGCUGCACCCUCCGGGCCAUCGACGCCGCCUUCUCCCCCGAUGACGGCGCCACAGCCGUGUUCGCCAUCUCCCUCGGUGCCAACAGCACCUUUGGCCAGGCGAGCGACGUGGCCUACCCGCAGAACGCCACCUACUUGCCCGCCUCCUGCGCGGUGCUCGUCAAUGUCACUUCGUCGCCGACCUCGUCUUACACGUUUGGCGUCUUCCUGCCGCAGGACUGGAACCAGCGGACACUGACAGUCGGCAAUGGCGGCUUCAUGGGCGGCAUCAACUGGCUCGCCAUGGGCGACGGGCUCAAGUACGGCUUCGCGGCAAUGUCGACCGACACGGGCCACAACUCGACGGGCAUCGACAUGGCCUGGGCGCUGAACCAGCCCGAGGCCAAGGCAGACUGGGCGUACCGUGCCCUCCACGGCUCCGUCGUGCUCACCAAGAAGCUCGUGGCCGCGUACUAUCGCAGUGACAACCGCUACAACUACUACUCGGGGUGCUCGACGGGCGGCCGGCAGGGUAUCAAGUCGGCGCAGGAUUUCCCUGAUGACUUUGACGGCGUGCUCGCCGGGUCGCCUGCGUGGUGGUCGACACACCAGCAGCUGUGGCAGCUCAAGGUCGGCGCGGUCAACCUACCCGAGACGAGCCCUGCGUACAUCCCGCCGAGCCAGUUUUCGUGGCUGAGCGACGCCGUGCUAGCUCAGUGCGACGGCGCCGACGGCCUCGUCGACAACAUCAUCCAGGACCCAGACAUGUGCCGGCUGCAAAUUGGCAAGCUCAUCUGCAACCCGCACUCCAACCGCAAUGCCUCCGAGUGCCUGAGUCUGGACCAGGCAGAGACCCUGCGCCAGCUGUACUCCCCCCUGGUCGAGGCCGACGCGGCCGCUAACAACAUCACGGCGCUGUACCCCAACUUUGGCAUCGGAUCCGAGAUGCAGAUGCCGGCCUCGUUCGGCGCCAACAACACGCCCUCGCGCUACGGCACCGGCUACGCAAAGUACUACAUCUACGACGACCCGGCCUGGGACUGGGAGGUCUCGUUCAACUACUCGGCCUGGGUGCUCGCGGACAGGCUCAACCCGGGCAACGUCAACGCCGUCAACUUUGACAUGACGCCCUUCCAGGCCCGCGGGGGUAAGCUGCUCACCUACCACGGCUGGGCGGACGGCCUGAUCCCCUCGGGCGCGAGCCCGCUGCUGUACGACAAGGUGCAGAGCGCCAUGGCCUCAUCGUCGGCGUCGUCGGUCACUAACAGCAGCACUGGCGGCGGCGGCGAAGUCGUGGACAUGGACUCGUGGUACUGCCUGUUCAUGGUGCCCGGGAUGCAGCACUGCGGAGGCAGCGUGUACGACGCGCCCUGGUACUUUGGCGGCAGCGGGCAGCCGGCCAGCAUCGAGGGCACGGCGGCCGAGCUGGGCAAGCUGCCGGUCGCGGGGGUCGACGACACUCACCACGACGCGCUCCUCGCGCUGAUGGCGUGGGUCGAGCAGGACACGCCGGUGGAAUACCUGGUUGCUACCAAGUGGGCCAACGACACCGUCGCGGGCGGCGUGCGGCAUUGGCCACCCUGGUGCUUCUUAGCGACCUCUACAGCUUUCAGUCUUCUCGUCUGCCCCUUUGGCUAUUUUAAGACUGACAGUAAUCGCCGAGAGGGUACGACCGCUCCUGGUGGCGCUGCUGCUGUGGUCAUCGUCUGA